AUAAAACAUUUAUUCCCCAGUUUCUUCGACUCUCAGCAGCCCUUGACACUUUAGACCGCUUCUCAAACACAUUGUCAUCGGACUACCCUGGUAAAGAGCUACGAAUACAUACCAAAAACAUUCCAAACAGCCCAACAGGCCCACAUCUAUGUCAAAGUCGGAUAACGCCCAAAAUCUACCCUCGUCGUUCACUCUUCCACCGCAGCUCCUCGCCCAAGCAGCAGAUGCUUACCGGCAUCCGGCUCCGCCACCUCAGCUGCCGGCUGUUCAGCUUGUUCCACGACACCAGGAGCCUGUUAUAAAUCCUAAGGAGAAGCACAGUCCAAAUGGAUUCCCACCAAAUGGCGCAGGUGUCGGAAUCGUGAGGUGCCCAGAGGGACGCGCAUGGCAGGAACGGAAUAUGCAUGCAGGUGAAAGACUGGGAAGGUUUAGGGACCAAGAUAUAGACGGGUUCGUGACGGAUAUGGGGAUGGUUUUGAGGAAAGAGUAUGACUGCUGGGUCGAGCAGUGCUGGCAAGAAGCUUUCCAUCAAGUAUUCACACAUACCCUUCCUGAUCUCAUUAUCAACCUCAUCAUGACUGGCGCUACACCGUCCUUCUUACGACGAAAUAUCGUGUUUGGCGGUCAAUCUCUCGACCAUCUCUUCCAAUCUCAAAUGUUGCAUAUCCUGUUUGAAGAACUCGAGCUCUGUCUCUCUGGUGACAGACCACGGACCCGUACAGAGCCGGGGCCGAGCAUGAAUACCAUCUCCAACAACGGUGCCAGACCAUCGCCUUUCCCACUUCCACCGCAACCCGCUGCAGCACCCAUCUUCCGGGACGGUGUCUGUUUCCACAAUUUGUCUUUCCAACACGGUAUCCCGGAAGAAGAGGAUGAUCAUGGAGCGUGUCUUUGUCAGUUGACGAGUUGUAUGGUGUGUUUCCACCUCUUCGCCAUCAUGCGUCGUGGACCUAUCAGUCUUCUCCCACACGAGUUACUCAAUACACCAGCAGCUAAAGGGUGGUUGGGCGGGAUUGAGACUGAAGCUCAUGCCCGUGCAAGACAAGAUUCUCUUCGUCGUAAAGCUCCUUCUCAAAGUAUUUUACCGCCAGGUAAAGGUUAUGCUCAAGUACCCAGACCAGGAGCACUAGCCCCAAACGGAAAUGCCGAAGGAGGAAUAGGAGAAGGGGGAGGAGGAGGUAAACCCCUGAAACCACCUCAAAUAUUCCCGCAUCCACAAAUGACAGACGUCCUCGCGGUGGAGGAACAUCUUCGAUGGAGAUUGAAAGAGCUUGGCGCGACGGAUCCAGCGGUAGAAGGUCGGUACGGACCGUCGACAAAUUCGCCUGUCGCGUUGGAAGGCGUAAAGUUGCCUCAGAGUGCGGGGGAGGAGUGGAAUGAUGGUGGACAACACCCUACAGGGGAAGGAGCAGGGGGCAAGGUAAAUAUGAACAUGAACGCCGCGCAGAAUAAGAAUGUAAAACUGGCAAAAGUCAAAGGUCGAGGUAAAAUGAGACGAGUGGUCGUACCCAAUGGUGUCACGGGGGCGACGGCGGCAACGGCGAAGGCUCAAAAGCAAAAUGACAAAGAUGGGAAAAAGCCGACCGUUUACUUGCCGAAGGAGUGGACUGAGGCGACAGCGUCUGAGAGGAAUACUGCCAUUGUGUUGACGUUUAGACAUUUUGUCAAGCUUCUCCACCAAAUAGCCAUGGCUGCAUCCCCCUUCUCCCACCCCGACUACCCCUCCGAUAUUGAAGAACUCUUGCGUAUGCACCCCGUCGCGCUUUAUCGCCGAUUAGCAGAACCCGCGAUGGAGAGACAGUACAAUGCCGAGGAAGUGAAGGCUUGGAAAUCAUGUAUGGAUAAAUGGGCGGAGGAGUUUGGUGGAAAGGAGAGGAAAAAGGGUAACGACCAAUCCCAAGAUAAACGUCACUCCGAAGCCGUCCGGCAUUACACCCGCGCCAUCUCGCUCGAUCCUAAAAAGACCGUCUACUACUCCAACCGCGCGAUAGCAUACAACAACCUCUCCCUGCACAGCCACGCCGAGAUUGACUGUACCCACUUGCUGGCUAGAGAUCCGAAGAACCAGAAAGCACUGUAUCAGCGGGCGCUGGCGAGGAAGGGAAUGGGGAGAUGGAAGGAGGCGCAAUCGGAUUUGCAAGAGUUGUUGAAGCUUAGUGGAGAUAAUGAGAGUGCGAAGAAUCUGUUGAUGAUUAUCAAUAAGGAGAUGGAGAGAUUGUGAGGCGCCCGGGGGGCGCCAAUAUAAGACCCCGCAAAAGUGAACCAAUUCCGGUAAAGAUGAGUAAUUUAAUAUAUAGUAUUUUUUUCUCUUUAUCGCUGGUUAGCCAGUAAUCAUUGAUUUUGGGGUUUUGGCUUUACGUUUACGCGUUCAGCGCAAGCGUAUACUUUCUGCAGUAUCAUAGUGUCAGAUGAUGCCAUCUAAUCUUUA